AUGGGCAGUGUUUCUUCAAAUUCAACUUAAGAUGAGAAUGGUAAUCUGAGUAGUUUACCUAUGCAUAUGAGAAAAAUGGAACUAAAAUUUGACAUUUCUAGAGAGGUAGAUCCAGCUUUAAAAUAGUUGCUAUAUUGUAUUUAAUUUUAUACAUACAGGGUCAUUAUCUGAAAUUCGAGCUGUUUAUGAAUAGUUUUAACGUAGAAAUUCACUUCCUUUCAUUGAUAAAAGUUUAUUCUGUAAAAUAGUUCCAUUUUCACGUCCUAAUGCAGGAUAUAUAUUUGAUAAUUUUUGCAGGAAAUCAAAACUUUUAUCAAUUUAUGAACUCAUUUGUGUUUUAACUAUUUGUUCACAUACUUAACAUAUUCAUAAAAUACAUUGUAAUAAGUAAUUUAAUAUUAGUUUUAUAUAUUGUUUUUGAUUUAGAUUGUAAUGGAAAUAUAAGUUUAAAUGAACUUCUUAUUAUUAUCAAAUCUAUAAUAAUAGGAUAUUGUAAAUUAACAAAUGCAGAUUUGCCUCCUUAUGUUUAAUUAGAAAAGUUUGCAAAAUUGAUGUUUUUAAAGAGUGAUAUACAAAUAGAUAAUUAAUUAGAAUUAAGUGAGUAAGUUAAAUUUGAUAUAUUUAGAAUUAUUGAAUGGUUAGAAAAAGAAAAUGAUAUUGGGAAAGACUUAUUUGCAAUGUAUGAACCAAAAUAGAAAAUCUAAGAGCCUAUUGAGGUUUUUAAAUCAUUUAAAUCAUAUACUGAAUAAGAAGCUUUAGAUAUGUUAGAAAUGAUAACAAAAGCAAAUAAGAAUGAAUACUUUAUGAAAAGUCUAAAUGAUAAAUUAACACACAAAAUUUAAGAAAGGUAUAAAGCUACAACAAAAAGUGUUCGUUAACUCUAAAUUAAAUCUAAAUAAUUAGAGUCUCAUUUUUCUUUACCUAAGAUUUUUACAUUAAUGAAGCCUUCAAUUUUGGAUGAUGAAAUUGAUGAAUUAUAAAUUUUAGAAAAAGCAAUAGGAGAUCAUUCUAGAAAAAUAUAAAGAUAUGAUUCUCCAACUAUUAGAUUUGUUACUUAACGUGAUGGCACUUCUAGAAGAGUGAUUGUUCCUAUGAAAAUUAUAAAAAAUAUCAUAAUAACUAAAGGUUGUACUUUAACAAAAAAUGAAAUUUUUAAAUUGAAGAGUUACUUUGAUAGUCUUUCAGAUAAAAAUUAAGUUAUUAAAGUAAAAGAAUUUACUAAAUCAUUUCAAAAUAAACCACAUAUGAAAAGAGUUACUGCAAGUUUAUAUAAUUAUUUAGAUUCUAAAUAAAGAGGAUUUGUUACUUUUGAUUAAUUAAUGUUGAAAUUAUAUCCUUCAUUAACAUAAGAAUAAUUAAAAAUUAUUAAUUAAUGGAUUCAAUAAUAUAAUGAUGUUUUUGCUAAAAGUUCAAAAGAAAGUUUAGAAAUGGAAUUCUUAAGAGUAGAGAAAUAGCCAACUAAAAGAAAAAGGAUUCUUCCAAAAUAAAGUAUGAUUAGGAUUAAAUAAUUAUUUAAUUUAAUAGAUUAAGAUGGAAAAGGAUGUAAUUAUAUAUUCAAUAUAUUAGUUAUUUCGAUUGAAGAUAUGAAGAAAACUUUUACUUAUGGAUUUACAGAAAAAGAAGUUGAAAAUCUAUUUUAAUAGCAUGAUAAAGAUGGAGAUGGAAAACUAAAUAUGGAUGAUUUAAUAAGAAUUAUUUUACCUCCUGAUUAUGAAAUUGAGUAAGAUACUGAAGAGAAUUCUUGA